AUGUCGAAGCGAAAGUAUACCUCCGAAUACAUCAAAGAUGAGUUCAUUGCUAUCGAACAUAAUGGAGAAAGUUUACCGCAGUGCGUAGUCUGCAUGAAAACCCUUUCAAAUUCAGUGAUGAAACCGAGUUUGCCUAAACGACAUCUAGAAUCCAAUCACGCAGAUAAGAAGAACCGCGAUAAAAGUUAUUUUGAGCGACUCGGGGAACAUGUGAAGCGACAGCGCAUGGACCAGAGAGGUCUGUUUCACCAAACGAAUGCCGGGAUUGUGAAAGCAUCCUAUGAAGUAUCGCUUCUCGUGGCUGAAAACAUAGCUCGCACCAUUGCGGAAUCGCUUGUUUUGCCAGCAGCAAGAAUAUUAGUCAGAAACCUGAUUGGCAAAGAGUCCCUGACAAAGUUAGAUCGUGUAUCGCUUUCUAACGAUACUGUGAAACGACGGAUCAAAGAAAUGUCCAUUGAUAUUGAAGAUCAAGUUAUUGCUGGAGUGGAAGGAUCGAUGUUUGGUUUUGCUAUACAACUUGAUGAAUCUACUGCCAAGUGUUCUCAAUUACUCGUUUAUGUCCGCUUUACGGAAUUAUUACUGAGCACGGAUAUGUUAGCUACAACAAAGGGAAUCGAUGUCUUUAACGUUUUCGCCAAAUUCUUCACCCCAAAUGACCUGGAUUGGGGCAAGUUGGUUGGAUGCACAACAGAUGGUGCUCCAUCCAUGCUUGGUCGAAUUUCAGGGUUUCAAUCGCAUGUUAAAACCGUAUUCCCACGCGCCACAUUUGUUCACUGCUUCAUCCACAGGUUGGCUCUUUGUGUCAAUGUGCUCCCUCCGGACCUACUGUCAUGCUUGGAUCGAAUAAUAAAAAUGGUGAAUUAUGUCAAAACAUCUGCUCUUAACACUCGACUGUUUGCAAGAUUGUGUGAAGAUUUGAAUUCAGAUCACAAGUGUCUUCUUUACCACACAGAGGUGCGUUGGCUCUCUCGCGGAAAUAUCACUAGAAGAGUCUUUGAACUUCGACAAGAACUGUUCACAUUUUUCCAGGCUAAGAGACAAGAUUUCAAAAAGGAUUUGGAAAACGAGGAGUUUAUAUUACAGUUGGCUUACUUAUCGUAUAUUUUUCAAGCUCUUAACGAUGUGAAGAUACCAAGGCUAAGAAACUGUGCAGAACUUUUGCCACCAUAUCGUGAGUUUCUGGAGUUGCUCAUGAGAUUUAUUCGCGAAGAAUAG